AUGAGGUACUCUCGCAUUGAUUCGUCGAUUGAGAAGACCAGACUCACUGACGAGGCGGCACAGUCGCAACACUUGUCUCGCUUGCAUAGGAUAAUAUCCUCUCUUGUAGACAAGAGGGCCGUCUGGGUCUCAUGGUUGGUAUACCCACGGUACUCAUCCGGUUUUCAUCACUCGUACAAGGAUUGCCGGUACCAUGUCCCCUUACACUCGACUCUGGUGGCAGAACGCAGCAGUGCGAAGCCGGACACCUGGUUGGAUGGUGCUGAUCUUCGCGGAGGUCAUCCAAUCUUUGACACUGUGGAGGGCCUCACGUUGUGCAGUCUUUAA